GCUUCGCCCGCCCGGGGCUGGAUGGUUGCAGCGGGCAGGGUGACUCCAGGAUGUUAGGGACUGUGAAGAUGGAAGGGCAUGAAAGCAGCGAGUGGAACAGCUAUUACGCGGACACACAGGAGGCCUACUCCUCGGUCCCCGUGAGCAACAUGAAUUCGGGCCUAGGCUCCAUGAACUCCAUGAACACCUACAUGACCAUGAACACCAUGACCACCAGCGGCAACAUGACGCCGGCCUCGUUCAACAUGUCCUACGCCAACCCGGGCCUGGGGGCCGGCCUGAGCCCCGGCGCUGUGGCCGGCAUGCCGGGGGGCUCGGCGGGCGCGAUGAACAGCAUGACAGCGGCGGGGGUGACGGCCAUGGGGACCGCCCUGAGCCCGGGCGGCAUGGGCGCGAUGGGCGCGCAGCCCGCCGGCUCCAUGAACGGCCUGAGCCCCUACGCGGCUGCCAUGAACCCCUGCAUGAGCCCCAUGGCGUACGCGCCGUCCAACCUGGGCCGCAGCCGGGCCGGGGGCGGCGGCGACGCCAAGACCUUCAAGCGAAGCUACCCGCACGCCAAGCCGCCCUACUCGUACAUCUCGCUCAUCACCAUGGCCAUCCAGCAGGCGCCCAGCAAGAUGCUCACCCUGAGCGAGAUCUACCAGUGGAUCAUGGACCUCUUCCCCUACUACCGGCAGAACCAGCAGCGCUGGCAGAACUCCAUCCGCCACUCGCUGUCCUUCAACGACUGCUUCGUCAAAGUGGCGCGCUCCCCGGACAAGCCGGGCAAGGGCUCCUACUGGACUCUGCACCCCGACUCGGGCAACAUGUUCGAGAACGGCUGCUACCUGCGCCGCCAGAAGCGCUUCAAGUGCGAGAAGCAGCCGGGGGCUGGCAACGGGAGCGGGGGCGCGGGCGGCAGCACCAAGGGGGGCCCCGAGAGCCGCAAGGACCCCUCGAGCGCCAACCCCAGCGCCGACUCGCCCCUCCACCGGAGCGUGCACGGGAAGGCCGGCCAGCUAGAGGGCGCGCCGGCCCCCGGGCCCGCCGCCAGCCCCCAGACUCUGGACCACAGUGGGGCGACGGCGACAGGGGGCGCCUCGGAGUUGAAGACACCCGCCUCCUCGGCAGCACCCCAGAUCAGCUCGGGCCCUGGGGCGCUGGUCUCCGUGCCCCCCUCGCACCCGGCGCACGGCUUGGCGCCUCACGAGUCCCAACUGCACCUCAAAGGGGAUCCCCACUACUCCUUUAACCAUCCCUUCUCCAUCAACAACCUCAUGUCCUCCUCGGAGCAGCAGCACAAGCUGGACUUCAAGGCCUACGAGCAGGCGCUGCAGUACUCGCCCUAUGGCGCCGCCGCCUUGCCCGCCAGCCUCCCGCUCGGCAGCGCCUCGGUGGCCACCAGGAGUCCUAUCGAGCCCUCAGCCCUGGAACCGGCCUACUACCAAGGUGUGUAUUCCAGACCUGUCCUAAACACUUCGUAGCUGCCCCAACACAGGGGGGUGUCGGCAUGGCCAAGAUAGCGGAAGAGAGAGAGAGGAAUCAACAAACAAAAACCCACACACCAAGCCGACAAAUAAUACAAUCCCAACUAUUUUUUAUUCCUUUUUCUUUUCUUUUUUUUUUGGGGGGGGGUGCACA